GAAACUUGUUUUCCUGAUAGCGGCGCUUCCUCAGAAUCCCACGUGUGACUGCACUCGCGUGGGAGUGUGCAUUUAAUAGGGCACCGACUAGUAGGCAAGCCAUCACAGUAAACCUGACAGUCCAACAGCAAACUCGCAGAGUUCACAGCUCUCUGAAACAACAAAUCCUCGGAGCUCGCUCGUCCUUACACUACGGAGAUCACCAUGUCUGCAACCGAAGAGCUCGAGUGCGUCAUCUGCUGCAACGAGUACUCCCGCACCGACCGCAUCCCGCGGGUGCUCCACUGCAACCAUACCUUCUGCGCCCCGUGCCUGGAGAGGAUGUCCCAGCUGUCGGGCGCCAUCUGCACCGUCUCCUGCCCCCUGUGCCGCUGGAUUACCUGCACGCGGGCCAGCCUGACGCUGCCCGGGGCCCUGUGGGUCAACACGGACAUCUGGGAUCAGAUCGCGGAGGAGCGGGUGAGCCGCGACGAUUCCGCGGAGGAGUGGAAAACUACUCAACAACAGGACAGCUCGACGAUGUUCGUGCCAAGGCGCCCGGGUGUCCCGCACAUUUUACUAAAAAUCGUGCAGUGCCUGCUGCCGCCAAGAGAAAACAUGGAGGCCUGCUGAGGGAUUAAAACUGCACAAACAUUUGUCGUUGCACUUUUGUCUCCGCAUUUACGCGCCUGGAGAAGGAGCCUCUGAGACUUUUGCACUGUCCAGUUAAGGACAAGAAGACGGCGCCCGGCCUCGGCGUCCGUGUCCCGUCUGGAGCGAAGGGUUGAGGAGAAGGUUCCUGGAGUGUCUGGAGUCCUUUUUUUUUUAUAUUACUAUCCGUGGGACCUUAAAACGACACCUCCGACCUGAAGCUCGCGCGCUUGGAUCUGUGAAUAUUUUCUAGAGCACUGGUUUGUCCCGUAUCCAUCAGUAGAACGAAUCGUCUUCAAAUCUGUAAAUAUGUCGCGAUUUCGAAGCUGGAAGUGAAAGGGGUUAUUCUUGUACAUUAAGUUAUAUGUUGUAAAUUAUUAGCAGAUUUUGAUUUUUUAUUUUCUUCUUCUAGGUGUCACUAACAUGAAGGAUUUAAAUCCUCGGAGUUGCUCCAGAUGUAUUUAUUUGACAUGAAUUACACUUAUCAAGUGUCUGGAUCACUAUCUAAGAAAAGAAAUUCUUAAUAUUUAUUAUUUAUCGCUGUAGAUCGACUUAAUCUGUGAACUAAGCGCAUCUGUUGUGGAAAUACUGGUGGCAUUUUAAUAAAGUUUUUAACAAGAAACUGAA